AUGGCCAACGACCAGCCCGCAGAAACGCCCCGCGACGAUGACCUGCGUCUGCAAGCCCAGGCCCUGAGCGGCAAGGCCCCGCCGCGGAAGGCGCCCCGUGACAUCCUCGUCGAGACGCACAACAGCCAUGUUCAGAAGCAGGUGGGCAAGCCAAAGGCCACCAACUUGGUGAAGAAGCCCAUCUUGGCCCUCGCCUACCCGGCCUCUUACAAGCCCGUCGCCGAGCUAGAAAAGAUGCGCUUGAGUGAGCUCCUGGUCGAAACGCACCAUGAAGGCAAGAUCCUCAUUCUCAGGACUGUUACCCCGCCCUAUCAGGGCGCUGGUACCGUCGUCAUCGUCGAGGAUGAGCACGGCGACGCCGACAAGAUGGGUAUCUACAACCAGAGCGAACGCUCCAUAUUAUCAAUCAUCCCCGAGGGGUCAGUAGUUGCCGUCAAAGAGCCCUACUACAAGUACAACGGCCAGGAUGACUACAUGAUCUGCGUUGACCACCCCUCCGAUAUCAUCUACCUCAAGUUCGAUGACGCCAUCAUUCCCGAAAAGUUCCAGCUCGGUGAGGGCGAGACUGACACCGCCGCCGACUGGAAGUCUGCCGGUGACAAGGCGUUCUUGACUAAGAGCUACCCCAUUUCUGUCCUUUGCUACACGAGGGCCCUCGAGACGGAUGACACUAAUGACGCCGCGUUCCGAACCGACCUCUACGCCAAGCGUGCCGGCGCCAACCUCAUCAUGAAGCACUACGAUAGCUCCAUCUCUGACGCAAAGGAAGCCAUGACUGGCAAGGAGACGGACUGGAAGCUGCACUUCACCGCCGGCCGCGCCGCAUACGCCCUUCGCGAUUUUGCCCGUUGCAAGGAAUUUUACGAGCUUGCGCUCAAGACCAAGCCGGAUAACCCCGCUGUUCAGCAGGAGCUCGAGAACUGUUUGGAGAGGAUCAAGGAGGAGACCGAGGGCGUCUUCAACUUCAAAACAUGGCCCGCCGUUCACGGCCGUGGUCUCUUUGCUACCAGGGAUAUCAAGGCUGGCGAAACCGUCUUCUGCGAAAAGGCCGUGUGCGUGCCCAACGAGUUUAACCUUGACCACAACUCGGCCGCCCUCUUCGCCAAUCUCGUGCGCACUUGCCAUGAUAACCCCUCUCUUCACGCCAAGGUUCUUGACCUCCACGCCGGCUCCUACAAGCGCUCCGAACACGAGAGUGACAUAGUCGACGGCGUGCCCGUCGUUGACGUGUUCCUUCUCGAGUCGAUUCGACGCAAGAACUGCUUCAGCGGCCCGCGAAUUAGUGAUGCCAUGUGGCAGCGUCGGUGGUCCGCCCGCCGCGACGGCAUGUCCAGGGGCCUGUGGGCUACUGCCGCCUACGCCAACCACUCGUGUGUCCCCAACACAAACCGCUCCUUCAUCGGCGAUUUCCUCAUCUCUACUGCCACCAUGGACAUCCCCGCCGGCGCCGAGAUCACCCACAUCUACGUGGCGCCUCGCGCCAUCUACCCGCUGCGUCAGCAGCAGUUCCGCAACUGGGGCUUCAACUGCGAGUGCGAGCUGUGCGCGACCGAGGCCAAGUCUUCGGCCGAGAACCAGGAAAAGCGCACCAAGACCCUGGCCGAACUCGAACUCUUGCUGCGCAAGAAGAAGCCGACACAGUUCCAGCCCGACGCCUCCAUCCGCCCCAUUGAAAGCUUGGCCGCCAGCUCGAGAGAGCGGCGAGGAGGUCAGGUCGUACAGGGUGGCAAGCGCGGCAUCACGACGUUUGAGGUCGUCAAGGCGCUCAAGUUUGCUUCGGACGCUUAUGCCGCUUUGGGAGAGGAGGAUCUAGCCAAGGAAUAUAUCGAAGCGGCUAGGAUCGGGUACAAGACCCUGUCCGGAUUCGAUGAUCACUUCGCGCAUGUCCGCGCAAGCCCCAACAGCUGGAUCUAG